AUCAAAAAUAGCCGGUGUGCCAGUCAGUGCGGCGAUGUCGACGGCGAACGACGUUUCGACGGUACGGUUCGGCCGGUGGUGGUGGUGCUGGCGGAGACGAAGGAGGAGUACUACCUGCGGGCCAACGACGAUGCCUACGGGAUACGCGAAGACGAUCGUCCUUCUCGGUGUGGUCGCGUUGUUAUGCGCCCUUCUGGGCACCGUGGACGCCGUCUCGAGGACGAAAUCGGACGAGCCCCGGCCCAAGGGAGGCCACAAGGACGCCGAGCCUGUCAUCGAGGAAGUCAAUGCCAAACAGCUCGAGCGGCUCCUCAACGAGAAGGACUUUGUUGCCGUGUACUGGUACGCGAGAAGCUGUACGACAUGCGACAAGGUGCUGGCCGAGCUGGAGAAGAUCGACGACGACACGGACCAUUUCGGGGUCGACUUCGUCAAGAUCAACGACAAACGACUGGCCAAGCAGUAUGGCAUCAAGAACUUCCCAGCGCUCACGUAUUUCCGCGAGAAGGAGCCGAUCAUCUACGAAGGUGACUUGAUGGACGAAGAAAACGUUCUGGACUUCUUGACAAGCCUAGAAGCGAUGGACCUGCCCGAUCGUAUCGAGGAAGUAAACGCGAAGAUCUUGGAGAAGAUCGUGGAGGAUACGGAAUUCGUGGCAGUCCUUUUCUGUCCGGAUACGCAACGGUGUGCUGGCGCCGGUUCUAACAAGCCUGACUGCAAAAAGUGUCUCAAGGCCCUUCAAGAGCUGGAGAACAUCGACGACGAGGCCGAUCAGUUGGGAAUCGGCUUCGUGAAGAUCGCGGACGAGCAGCUAGCCGACGAGUAUAAUCUAGGUCCUCUUCCGGUUCUGGUCUACUACCGGCACCAGAUUCCUAUAAUUUACGAGCACGAGCUUAGCAAAGAGGAAGACGUGCUGGAAUGGUUGGUGGCUAACAAGAGCACAGGAGACGAGGAGGAUGUAAUCGAGGACGUGACUGCAAAGACUCUGCAGACCUUGAUCGGGAAUAUCGACAACCUGGUGGUUUUGUUCUACGACCAUGGUGACGAGGAUUCGAUGCAGGUGUUAAACGAGCUGGAGAAGAUCGACGACGAUUGUGACAAGCAUGGAAUCCAAUUCGUGAAGAUCGACGACGAAAAGGCGGCGAAGGAAUUCGGAAUCGAUUCACUUCCGGCGAUCGUGUAUUUCGAAAAGCAGAUCCCGAAUCUUUACGAUGGUGACGUGGAGAACGAGGACGAAAUUUUGGAAUGGCUGCUGUCGCAGUUGGAGAAGGACGAGAUCGAGGAUGUCACCGACGAGAUGUUGGAUCGUCUGAUCAAGGAUGGAAAAACACUUGCCGUGCUGUUCUACGACAACAACGACCGGAAAUCUCAAAAAAUUCUGAACGAAUUGGAGAACAUCGACGACGAGUGCGAUCAGAUAGGAGUGAUCUUCGUGAAGAUCGACAAUGCUGAAGAAGCGAAGGAAUACGGUAUCGAGAAGAUUCCCAGCAUGCUCUACUUCGAGAAAGGAAUACCCACGUUGUACGAGGGAAAUCUGGAGGACGAGGAGAAGGUUCUGAAGUGGCUGGAACAUCAACAGAAGAGCGACCACAUCGAGGACGUGACCGACGAGAUGCUCGAUAUGGUCAUCGAGAAGAUGCCUCACGUAGCCGUCCUCUUUUACGACAAGGAUCAGAAAAGGAGCCAGAAGAUCCUCGGUGAGUUGGAGAACAUCGACGACGAUUGCGAUCAACACAACAUAGCCUUCGUGAAGAUCUCCGAUCUGGAUGAAGCCAAGGAAUACGGCAUCGAGACGCUGCCGACGCUGGUAUUCUUCGAGAAAAGGAUACCACACGUUUACGAAGGCGAUCUGAUGAACGAGGAUCAGCUGCUCGGAUGGCUACUGCAUCAGAAGAAGCACACGGAAAUCCCGGAGGUGACGGACGAGAUGAUGGAGAAGCUGAUUGAGACCUCGCCGUACUUGGCAGUCCUGUUUUACGACAAGGACGACAAGCAGGACAUACGCAUCUUGAACGAACUGGAGAACAUCGACGACGAGCUGGAGAAGGAGGGAAUCGUGAUCAUACGUAUGGACAACGACGCUGAGGCGAAGGAGUACGGUAUCGAUCACCUUCCGACUCUGGUCUACUUCGAGAACAAGAUCCCGGCUAUCUACGAGGGAGAUCUGUUGAACGAGGACGAGGUUCUCGAAUGGCUGAUCGAGCAGAAGAAUACUGCCACCAUCGAGGAAGUCACCGACGAGAUAUUAGCUGAUCUGAUCGAAGAGCACGAAUACGUCGUCGCGUUCUUCAGUGGAGACUGCGAUGAUGGCGACGACUGCGAGAAGGUCCUCCAAGAGCUCGAGAACAUCGACGACGAGCUGGAUGAAACCGGUAUCAUCUUCGUCACCACGGAGGACACAGGAUUCGCGAGGAAGCACGGGAUCAAGGUCUUCCCUACUUUAGCGUUCUUCAGAAACAAGGAGCCCUUGAUCUUCAAGGGUGACAUUGAAGACGAGGACGAAGUGCUGUCGUGGAUCACCGACGAAGACACUCUCGAAAUUCCAGGGAAGAUCGAGGAAGUGAACGCCAAGAUGCUGGAGAACAUCCUCGAGGAGAACGAUUAUAUCGUCGUUUUCUUCUAUAAGGAAGGCGACAAGAAGAGUCAGAAGAUUCUCCAGGAGCUCGAGAACAUCGACGACGAGUGCGAAGAGAAGGACAUCGAUUUCGUGAAGAUCUCUGACGAUGGCAUCGAGAAAGAGUACGAUCUUCCUGGGCUACCUGCGUUGGCGUUCUACAGACACAAGUUCCGUCAGGUUUAUUCGGGAGACAUGAUGCACGAGGAGGCGAUCCUGGAAUGGAUCCUGGAGCUCCGGACUCAGACCCCGGACGUGAUCGAGAACGUCGACCGGAAGACGCUGCAGGUGCUGAUCAACGACGUCGAACACCUUGCUGUAUUCUUUUACGAUGAUAAAUGCGAAACGUGCCCGGAAAUUCUCGAAGAGCUAGAGACCAUCGACGACGACACCGACAAGCACGGUAUUCAAUUCGUUAAGUCGAACGACGCGAAGUUAGCCGCCGAAAUCGGCGUCUUCGCGUUUCCGGCGCUCGUUUAUUACGAGACUGGCGUGCCCAUCAUGUACGACGGUAAUCUACUAGACGAGAACGAAGUGCUCGAUUGGAUGGUGAAGCAGAAGACGGACGAGAGCAUCGAGGAGAUCGAUCGUGAAACCCUGAGCAAAUAUAUCGAGACGAAAGAAUUCCUGGCUGUUGUUUUCUACAAGGAGGAGGAUCCAGAGAGUCCUAGGGUGCUCAGGCACGUCGAGUUGAUCGACGACGAGGCUGCCGAGUACGGCAUAAAGAUCGUAAGGAUGAAGGAUCGAUUGAUGGCGAAGAAGUACGGCUUCCGGAACCCGCCCGGUAUCACGUACUUCCGCAAGGGGAAGAACAUUAAUUACGACGGGGACAUCGACGACGAGGAGGAAAUCCUCGAUUGGCUGACCAAUCCGGAGAACAUGGAGCUCACCGAUCACAUCGAGCGAAUCAACAAGAAGAUGUUUCACAAAAUACGACAGACCACUGAUUAUCUAGCGGUGUUCUUCUACAGCAACGACUGCAAACAGUGUGGCAGGGUAUUGACGGAAAUCGAGCACAUCGAUGACGAAGCGGACAGCGUGGGAAUAAAAUUCGUGAAGAUCGACGACAAGCAGCUCUCCAAGCAAUAUGGCGUCUUUGCGCUGCCCGCCAUAUUGUUCUUUAAGAUGUCCUCGAAGGAGCCGGUCAUUUACGCUGGUGAUCUUUACGACGAGGAUCAGAUUUUACAGUGGCUGUUGACACAGAAGGAUCCAUCCGGAGAGGUAAUCGAAGACUUAGAUGGCGAAGAACUGCUGAAUUUGAUAAGAGAGUCGGACUCAUUAGCAGUGUACUUCUGGAACAGAACGCUUUGUGACUUGUGUCAGGCAAAAUAUCAGCGGAAGCAGACCCGCCACAGGGACCGCAGGAUCGUCGAACACGAGGCAGCCGAGGAACUCGAUGAUGCUGAAGACUGCGAACAGUGCAUGGGCAUUCUUGAAGAACUGGAGAACAUCGACGACGAUUGCGACAGACACGGUAUUACUUUCGUGAAAACGCAAGAUUAUAAGGUGGCGGAAGAUUACGGAGUGACAGAUUUCCCUGUACUAGUGUAUUUCGAGAACCAAAUACCAAAUGUGUUCGAAGGUGACCUAAAAGUGGAAGAAGAGGUCCUGCAGUGGCUGAUUACUCAGAAAACUGAAGAUCGAAUAGAAUUAAUUACCAGAGUGAUGUUAGAGACGUCUGUCGAAGAGACCCAGUAUCUCGCAGUCUAUUUCUAUAAACAAAACUGCCAUAUAUGCGACGAGAUUUUGGAGGGACUGGAGAAAAUCGACGACGAGUGCGACGUGUUCGGUAUACAAUUGGUAAAAAUUCAAGAUCCUCAGCUGGCCAAACGGUAUUCCAUCAAAACGUUCCCUGCUUUGGUUUAUUUCAGGAAUGGCAAUCCUCUUUUGUUCGAAGGUGACUUGCAAAACGAAGAAUCGGUUCUCGAGUGGCUGAUCGAUGACGACAAUCGAGAAUUGGCGGAUGAAAUUGAAUCUGUAAACGAGAGAAUGCUAGAAAGACUGCUAGAUGAAUCCCCAUUUUUAGCUGUUUUCUUCUACGACGAAGACUGCCCCGAAUGCGACGAGAUCAUGGAAGCUUUGGAGAAAAUCGAUGGCGAAGCAGACUUAUUCGGCAUUGAUUUCGUGAAGGUGCUUAGCACAGAAGCUGCCGAGAAAUUUGGAAUUCUCAACGUCCCGUCUCUCGUUUACUUCCGAAAGAAAACACCCUUGAUCUACGACGGCGAUCUGACCCAGGAAGACAAGAUUCUCCAAUGGCUGACCUCUCAAGACGUCUUCGAGAUUAAGAACGAAAUUGAAGAAGUUAACAAGAAGAUGCUGGACAAAUUGCUGGACGAGAAUGAAUUCCUUGCUGUCUUUUUCUAUGAACAUAAUAGUAAAGAGAGCGAAGAAGUGAGCGAAAAAUUGGAGAACAUCGACGGAGAAACGGACAACUUGGACAUCACGUUCGUCAAGAUGGCGGACCCGAGAUAUGCCAGGAAAUGGGGAGUUACCAAGCUUCCUGCAAUCGUUUAUUUCCGCAAAAGAUUCCCCAGUAUUUAUCGAGGUGACAUGGGCAAUGAACAAGACGUACUGGAAUGGCUGCGCAAGAAUAGGUACCGUCAACCGGAACUGAACAUCUACAUGUACAUGCUAAUCGCGAUUACCGUCAUGUUUGCCAUGUACACGGGUUUCCUGUUGUCGUGUUUCCGGUCGGAACCAGCGGCUCCUGCGUCGCAUCCGAAGCAAGCGUGAUAGGAAGAAAGGGAGAAAGAGAGAAAGAGAGUAAGAAAGAAAGAAAGAGAGAGAAAGAGAGAAAGAAAGAAGGAACGAAAGAGUAACAGACUUAUGGAUUGUUGCUGCGCGAAUGUGCAUUGUUGUUGUUGUUGAUCCGACUCGCUUUACGUAAGAUUAAAAUGGCGGCCGUUCGUCCGGAACGAACGACCCGUACCAAGGCUCGACGAUUCUACGGGGAUGAAACCUGCCUAUAUACUUCUUCUUUUCGCUUAGACGAUGAACGAACGAUCUGAAACAAAAAAAGAAACAAAGAAAUUAUAACGUAAACUUUGCACUGUAAUAGGUUCAAGUUGUCCGUGAAUUCCGUGAGCGCGUGGUAUGCUUGCUUAACGUGGACCAAAUCCAUCGAUUUUCCAUAGGAGAUUUAGACCUCUGUCAAAAUGCAAAGGCGCGAACGUGCUGCGAGCCUACACGAAACGACGUCUUGCGGGAGUUUACUCGACUUUAUUCCAAGCGAAUUACCAUUAUUAGCGUAUAAGCUAUGAAUAUUCGUAAUCGUAUACGUUUGCCAUAAUGUCUCUUGUUCGCGUUCAAAUCACCGUGCGGCGACAACGUUGUUUGAUAUACUUUUAUUGUAUUGCUUUGUAACGAUAGAGAUAUAUUGUAUCGUAUUCCAUUCACUUUGUAUUAACUUUUUGCUGACUCGAUGAUUUUUUUUUUUUUUUCUGCUGCGUUUUUAGAGUGAAUAAAACUGAUCGACACAUGUGUACACUGUUCUUUGCUGUUGUUCAUGGAAUGUUGCUAGCCAAUUCGAUCGACGAGCAAUCUGUGGUUUCUUCUAUGUUCUUUUUUUUUUCUUUUUUUUCUUUUUCUUUUCUCGUACGUGUUCUUGUAACUGUCACCGUCGAUUAGUAUUGACAGUGGUCUUGUUUUUUGUCUCGAAUGAUCACCUUUGGUCCACGUGUAAUUAAAUGUUCGCGAAAGAUGACUGUCGAUUAUCCGCGUGUCCUCUCGGAUCCUCCACGACGAUGGAUCAUCACCGACAUCUGCUGAAUGAAACAAUGGGGUCAAUGUAAAUGUACACGAGAUGGGUAAAUAUUGCCUAUCGAUGCUCAUAUUGUCAAGGAAAUAGUAACGAUGUUAACACGAUCAUGAGGAAUAAAGAACGAAUCCUUGGACCAA